AUCCCGAGGGCGGGCGGCAACCAUUGGUGGGCCGAGCCAGCCCGGGUUCCCGGAUGAGGGAACAUUCUGCGGUAUAAAGGGCGCGAGGAAGGCGGGAGACGGCGCAGUUUGAAUCGCGGUACGACGGAGGAGUGGGCGCCGGGAUCUCGCUGUGCGUCCGCCUGGCCUCGUCUCUUCCUCGCUUAUCCGAGCUUCAGCACAGUCCGAGAUGGCUGGCGGUAAGGCUGGAAAGGACUCCGGAAAGGCCAAGACAAAGGCGGUUUCCCGCUCGCAGCGAGCCGGCUUGCAGUUCCCUGUGGGCCGUAUUCAUCGACACCUGAAAUCCAGGACAACCAGCCACGGACGUGUGGGCGCGACCGCCGCUGUGUACAGCGCAGCCAUCCUGGAGUACCUCACCGCAGAGGUACUUGAAUUGGCAGGAAAUGCAUCAAAAGACUUAAAGGUAAAGCGUAUUACCCCUCGUCAUUUGCAACUUGCUAUUCGUGGAGAUGAAGAGUUGGACUCUCUGAUCAAGGCUACAAUUGCUGGUGGUGGUGUCAUCCCACAUAUCCACAAAUCUCUGAUUGGGAAGAAAGGACAACAGAAGACCGUCUAAGGAUGCCUGGAUUUCUUAUUAUCUCAGGACUCUAAAUAUUCUUAACAGCUGUCCAGUGUUGGUGAUUCCAGUGGACUGUAUCUCUGUGAAAAACACAAUUUUGCCUUUUUGUAAUUCUAUUUGAGCAAGUUGGAGGCUUAAUUAGCCUUCCAACCAACCAAAUUUCUGCAUUUGAGUCUUAACCAUAUUUAAGUGUUACUGUGGCUUCAAAGAAGCUAUUGAUUCUGAAGUAGUGGGGUUUUUGAUUGAGUUGACUGUUUUUAAAAAACUGUUUGGAUUUUAAUUGUGAUGCAGAAGUUAUAGUAACAAACAUUUGGUUUUGUACAGACAUUAUUUCCACUCUGGUGGAUAAGCUCAAUAAAGGUCAUAUCCCAAACUA